GGCUUAGACAACGACACAACAAAAAAAGCUAGGUUUAGACGGUUUUGUAGGUCUAAUUUAUUUUGAUUCCAAUAUGACCAGCUUUCUGAAAAAUAAUGCGUGCAGAUAAGCGAUAUAGCAUAUAUUAUUAAAUAUUUCACGGCAUGAUGACUCAAAGACACGAUUAUGUGGCGACUUCAGUAUAAAGAUGUGGAACAUACAGCAAAAUGAUUCUCAACGGGGCAUGCGCACUGUUGCGCUCAUUGUUUACUUCCGGUUAAGAUUUUUUUUGUUUUAUCUAGCUAGCCAGUUACCAUAAAGAGAGGCUGAUAAAAAUGCAGCAACGGGAAGAAAAACUACUGGAAGCCUCCGUGGAAUCCCUUAUUUCCCGCGUGGCUCAUCUCAAAAACGCUCUUCACAGUUUCAUCUACAAGUUGGAAAACGAGUAUGAACGACUGACAUGGCCCUCAGUGUUGGACAACUUUGCCCUCCUGUCCGGUCAGUUGAAUACCAUCAAUAAACUGUUGAGGAAUGAGAAGACACCAUCUUUCCGUCAGCAGGUCAUCAUCCCCCUUCUGCUGUCUCCAGACAGGGAUGAGGAACUAGCUAAACUGACAGAGCAGCGUGUGCCUGUGUUCAGCCAUGAGAUUGUGCCAGAUCACCUGCGCACCAAGCCUGAUCCUGAGGUGGAGGAGCAGGAGAAACAGCUGAGUGCAGAAGCUGCCCGGAUAGGACCUGAGGUGGCACAGAAACAAAUCCAGACACUGAAUAAGCUUUGCUCAAAUCUACUGGAGAAACUGAACAAUCCUCGCGAUGAUAGGGAUGCAGAAAGUGCAGCUAUACGGCAGAACAAACCAUCAUUCAACACCGCUGACACCAAUGCACUGGUGGCAGCGGUGGGCUUUGGCAAGGGGCUUUCGAAGUGCAGGCCCCCUGGGCCAGUUGCCCCUGGUCACCCAGGACAAGGACCCAUGAUGAGUGGAGGUCCCACCUUACAGCAAGUUACCAUUGGUGGGGGUUCAGGCCAGCAGCAAGGCAUGGGGCCUGGUGCUCCUCAGCAACAAGGACAGCCAGGGAAAAUGCCAAGCAACAUCAAGACAAACAUCAAGGCUGCCUCCUCAAUGCAUCCUUACAACCGAUAAGAUUCUCUCUCUAUUCCAUACUGAGAAAGUGUUCAGGAUGCUGAGAGAGUGAUGUAAAGCAAUGAAAAUAUUCAUAUAUGCUGUGUUAUCUUUUGAUUAAAUAAAUCCAUUUGAAAAGGA